AUGUCUUUCUCACCUAGUAGCUAUAACGUACAAUCAAGUAAAUCAAGUGUGGUUUGGCGUCCAUUAUUGCCAAAUCUUCAAUGUAUACAAGUGCUAUUUACCGAAGUACUCUCAGUGCUAGACUUGUACACAUUUGACGUGACAUCACCUGGCGGUAGUAGGCUUAGUGAAGAUUAUACCAUUUUACCUAAUGAUUGCACAAAUAGAAGUCGGGUGCGUGAAGGAGGUAUAAAAACAAUUACACUUGUAGAUGAACACCUGAAACAAUUAUACAAUCCAACAUUUGCAUAUAUAGAAUACCUGGGAUGUUCUGCUCGGAAUGGUUGCCACAAAGAUAAAUGUAACUGGAAAGGUCGUAUUUCAAUUCCCCAAGACAAGCCACUUAACCUGUGUAAUAUUGAGUAUCAUGGAAAUCAUAAUCCUGAUCACAUUUGGAAAAAACCAUAUCGAAUGUCGAGUUCAAUAAGAAAAACCAUCAUGAACAGAGUUGCAAAUACAACCCCUUCGAUUUUGGCAACAGGUGAAUGUAGAAAAAAAAAUCGAGCUUAA